GACAAAAAUUGGAUACUGCGCACAAGAUGGCGUCUUCUUCUACCACUAACGACAUCCUGAUACCCCGCGAGCGAACUGAAGACGAAGCUCUCGCACUCUUCAAAGCUGUAGAAGAGAAAUUUCCGUCAGAGACAUUGGGCAGCGAUAAGUGGUAUGUGGUGGUUCUUGCCGCCAUGACAGGCGGCGGCCACCCACACUUUGCAGCACAGCUUUACCAGGAACUCAUCAAGCGGCCGGAAUACCAGACGCCUGCGCAACGCCAAGAACUGAUGCGACGGCUGCGUGAGGUUCUUUUCAAGCUGACGAUUCUCGUGGGUGUGUGUAAGACGCUCGAGGCGCUUUUUGCGAUUACUGCUGUUACGAAGCCCGAGGAUGAGGAUCACAGUUACUAUAGGGAAAAAACGCAAUGCGAUGAAGCGAAUCUCGAACGCGGAACCGCAUGGCUUCAGCGCCUGUACCAGCGCAAUUUGACGGGCGUUAUGAAUCGCUUUACAGCGCACAAGGAUUACGAGUGGAUGACAAAUCACAUCACCUAUGGCAUCUUUCUCUCAGACCAGCGCAUCCUCAACGACAUUGAAACUGAACUCACCGUCGUCAGCGGCAUCAUGAUCCAGAACCUAUCCCGAGAAAGCCUUUGGCACAUGCGAGGAUUCCGCCGUCUGGGCCCUAGUCAAGAGGAUCUGGGCAAAGUGAGGGAAUGCGUUCAACUCAUUGCCAACUUUUGUAGCCUGCCCAUGAACAAGGUACCCCAGGCUGCUGAUAUUGAGCAGGAAGUGUAAGAAAGAGGGAAAAGGCAGUAUCGGGUUGGGUAUGUGUGUGAGCGGAGCUUCGGUACCAUGCAAGACUUGGACGCAGAAAAUAUAGUGCUUUAGAUUAGACACCGCCAAUAUCACCCUAUGCUUCUU